GUGUGGCAGGUGUGCUUGUGGGACACCCGUUUGACACUGUCAAGGGGCUGUCUCCAUCCAUAGCAAAAGUGUAACUUUGUUGUAGAUGAGCGUAAGCCUCACCCCGGAGAGCGCUAGUAAGUACAGACCAGGUGAACCUCUUCUCCGUCCGUCCUCGCUGACCCAGACCCCUGCCCCCAACCCCCAGUGUUCCCUCUGUGACCCGCAGGGGACAGGGAGGGUGUGAGGCCAGCGUGGGCCCAGCACAGGUCCCGGGAUGGGGGCUUGGUGGGGCUAGUCGAGAGUAAUCAGACCGCUCUGGACCGGGGGUCUCCGGCCCCGUGGGGAGCUGGAAGCCUCCUGGGCUUGCGAGCAAAUGACCACUAUCCCAGGGGGGGUCCGUUUCCAUCAGUCCUCAGAGGAGAUCCUGUCACCCCAAAAUAUUAAGAUCCUCAGCUCUAGAUACCACAGAACUUGGGCCAUUGGGCCACAGUUCACCCCCAUACUUGGUACCCCAGAGUCCCGGACAGCCAGGGCUUGUCGCAGACCCAGGGUCAGAAACACAGUGGAGAGAGGCCUCUGCCACUUUGGUGGCAGGACCCGGGCAUUCAGCAGUGUCUGCGACCUGCAGAGACUUAAAGACACUGCCCAGGUGGCAUCGAAAACCUGACCGAGGAAGGGACAGCUCCACCUCACAUUGUUCUGCUACCCAAGCCCUCUUAGUGCCAGUGUCGGGGCUGCAGGAGGAACAGAAGUGUCCCGCCAGAGACCCCAGAACAUUGGAGGGAAAGUAAAAACCCUCACAGCACAAAAACGGCUCCUGAGCCAGAGCUCACGGUGUUAGGCGUUGUUAAAGUUCAACAAGUGAUUGUGCUUUUCUUCUCUGAGAAGCCACCCCCUGCCCUGUAGGUGCCGUCAGAGGGCGGGGCUGCCGCCAAGGGGCUCUGUGGGCCAGUCGCUGCAGGGUACACCGGCUGCCCGCUGCCCCUCACAGCAGCGCCUGCCAGCCGCCCAGUCCUCAGGUGCAGAGAUCGCACUCUUUUUUGGUAACAAAACGUUUUGUUGUAAGUGCAUUCACCGAUCGAAGAUCCACCUAUUCUGGUGGAGAGAACUGGAAAAGGUUCCAGAAGCCGGCUGAAGCCGGCUGUUCCCCUGCGAGGACUCUCGCCUGCCAGAACCCCACCCCGCCCUCACCCUCACCACACAGCAGCUCAGGUCCCUGGAGAGGCUGCGCUGCAAAACUCCUGAGCCUCAGUCUUCCCCUCUUGGAAAUGGGGGCAACGUACCCAUCACCCAUCGCGGCAGGUGCGGCUGCAGGUCCAGAGCGUGGAGAAGCCCCAGUACCGCGGCACCCUGCACUGCUUCCGCUCCAUCGUCAAGCAGGAGAGCGUGCUGGGCCUGUACAAGGGCCUGGGCUCGCCCCUCAUGGGGCUCACCUUCAUCAACGCGCUGGUGUUCGGCGUGCAGGGCAACACCCUGCGGGCGCUGGGCCGCGACUCGCCGCUCAACCAGUUCCUGGCGGGCGCGGCGGCGGGCGCCAUCCAGUGCGUCAUCUGCUGCCCCAUGGAGCUGGCCAAGACGCGGCUGCAGCUGCAGGACGCGGGCGCGGCGCGCGCCUACCGGGGCUCCCUGGACUGCCUGGCGCAGACCUACCGGCGCGAGGGCGUGCGCGGCGUCAACCGCGGCAUGCUGGCCACGCUGCUGCGCGAGACGCCCAGCUUCGGCGUCUACUUCCUGGCCUACGACGUGCUGACGCGCGCGCUGGGCUGCGAGCCGGGCGACCGCCUGCUGGUGCCCAAACUGCUGCUGGCGGGCGGCACGGCGGGCAUCGCGUCCUGGCUCUCCACCUACCCCGUGGACGUGGUCAAGUCGCGGCUGCAGGCCGACGGGCUGCGGGGCGCGCCGCGCUACCGCGGCAUCCUCGACUGCGUGCGCCAGAGCUACCAGGCCGAGGGCUGGCGCGUCUUCACGCGGGGGCUGGCGUCCACGCUGCUGCGCGCCUUCCCGGUCAACGCCGCCACCUUCGCCACCGUCACCGUGGUGCUCACCUAUGUGCGGGGCGAGGAGGCCCGGCCGGAGGGCGAGGCUGUGCCCGCUGCGCCCGCGGGGCCCUCCCUGGCCCAGCCCUCCAGCCUGUGACGCCCGUCGUCCCCCGCCCUGCUUCCCCAGGCAUCGCUCUUCAGAAACCCCGCAAUGGCGCGAAUUGGCCCCCUAGCUGACUGCCCGGCCCAGGUGCUGUGGGCUGUGGGUUCUGUGAGACCUGGGUGGAACUUCGCUCAUCAGGUGGGUGACCUUGGCAACGAACUUCACUCUGCUGGCCUCAGUGUUCUCACCUAUGAAAUGGGGACCCUCAUACCCACAUUGUGUAGUCAGGAAGCUCAGAGACGAUCCCCAGGCCUGGCUGAGUCAUGGCUCUCUGCACCUGGAAACGUUACUGGGGAUACCUCCGCCCCACCUGGCAUCCUGGCCACCGCCCCUGUGCUCCUGUCCUGCAGGCUGGCUCCCAGGGGUCUCUGAUGAGCCCCCAGUGGCUGCCCAGGGACUUGCUAACUCCCCAAACCCUCCACCUGGCUGAGCUCCAGGGAGACUUCUUGGCCACCUCCCUGGUCUGUUAGGGACAGCGGGCAGCUAGGAGUGCCUCCUGGUGUCACGGGACUGGACGCUCUGCCAGUGCACCCCAGCGUCUCCAUAUGGCACCGCUCCACACGGCAUGGCCAGCUGCUGCUCCUGCCACUGGAGGCCAGACCGGGAAGCCACCGUCUGCCGGAGGCUCCACAUCAGCCGGGGCUGGGAGGGCAGCGCGCACAGGCCAGUGGGGCGUGGUCUCUGCAGUUAAAGUGCGAUGCAGCUGUGGCAAGGGGACAUCCUUUCAGCUUCUGGCCUCAGGCUGCCACCUGUAAAAUGGCUGGGACAUGGGCCAGCUGGGGGAUGCUUGGGUCCCUGGCCCACUACCACCAGCUGGAGUCCCCAGGGCGUGCAGAGGGUCCCCCAGCCCCGGGCUCGCCCAGCUCAGGCCACAAAGAAGCCAAAGGUCAGUUGGUCCACCCCUCAGCAGAGGGCCUGGUAGUGGGCACAGGGAUGGCCAGGCGUGCCUGCCGGGGCGGGAGAGGCCCCCAGGAGGCAGGCCGUGCUCCGUGAGGACGAGCUCCAGCUCUGUGUGGUGUGAUGUUACUGUACAGAAACUCUGAGGGAAUAAAGUAUUCUUCGUUUUUUUUAA